AUGUACACAUCAUCGGCCGUUGAUCAACUUAAAAUGAAUUUUGUGGCAGGCGCUACAGGUCUUUCGGUAUCUUACGCUUGUAUGCAUCCUUUAGACACAAUUAAAACGCGUAUACAAGCAGAUGUUACUGGUAACUGGCAACGAGUAUUAUUCUCUCGAGCUACCAUCCACAGCCUGGGUAAAGGUUUCUUUGUCUCAGCUCUGAUGGCAGCAGGACAAGGUGGCUUCCGUUACAGUACUUAUGAAUACAGCAAAUCAAAGCUUACUUCACUGAAUAAAAAUAAAAAUGUAACUGUAUCUAUAACAUCUAUAUCAGCGAUCAUUGGUGAUCUUGCAUCCAGUAUUAUCAAAGUACCCCGGGAGGUAAUUACUGCCAAAAUGCAAAUAGACCACUACAAAUCGUCAGUAACCAGUUACAAAAAUACAUCAACCGCAAGUUAUGUGGUACGACAAACACUUAUUGAAGAAGGUCCCAAAGGCCUUUUUAAAGGUUUUUGGGCUAUUGCUGCGCGUGAUUCACCUUUUAUGAUUAUUUUGUUGGUGACGUACGAAAAGCUCAAAUUAGUGCAUCCUUUCCAUCAAUAUUAUGUAUAUAGAAAUCAUCAGCAACGACAACAUACCAUUAAUCCAUCAUCAACAGCUACAAUAGACUACCAACAACUAAAAACAAGUGUAGUGGCUCAUAGUACACUCGAAGAAGGAAACAAAGCAAAAAUAACAGCAGUUCAAGGUAUUCUUUAUGGCGGCAUCAGUGGAUUUUUAGCAGGCUAUAUCACAACACCGAUGGAUGUUCUUCGCACAAGAAUGAUUGCGCAAAAAGCCAGCAUAAACAGACAACCAGUAACAGUGAUACAAAUGUUGAAUUCUAUCAUUGGUCAGAGUUGGAAUAACAACAGAAGCAUCACUGUCCCAAAAAGGAUUUGCAACGUGUAUCAUACCUUCUUCGCCGGCUCCAUUUCUCGAAGCGUUUGGUGGUUCGGCGUCUGUGGCAUCUUUUUCCCAAUGUACGAAACUUUGAGAGUAGCAAUGAGUCAGACCUAA